UGAUAUUCCUGAUAAUUAGAUUUAAAGUAUUAACACACAACAUAUAUAUACUAAAAAUCUACAACAAGAUGAUGGAGGGGACGAAGUCCAGAUUUAUUUGCUGUGUAAGAAAGCCAACAGUAUCACAGUUACUCAUCCAACUACCAAUUUCAACAUUUAAUGCAAAAAACACUUUCAGCUGACUCAAUCUCCAUCCAUCUCUGCUACUAAUAAAUAAAUAGCGAUAAACCCUUUUAGCUCUUAAUUGUUUCGAUCCCCCAAUGAAAUGAUCCAUGAAUCCUCUUCUUCCUCAACGGCCCGUCUUCCUCAUUUCUUUGUUUUUCGUAAUUUUUGUUGGCACCACCCAUUUUAGCUUUGGGCUUCAGAUCAAUUCCAAUUCCACAAUUCAAAUCAUUAAAGAUGGAGAUCUCUUGGUAUCCACCAACAAAAGAUUCGCACUUGGGUUCUUCAAUUUCAACAAUUCCACCACUCGACGAUAUGUCGGAAUUUGGUAUAAUCAAAUUCCCCAAUUAACCCUCGUUUGGGUUGCCAACAGAAACCACCCCCUUAACGACACUUCAGGAACCUUAGCCCUCGACCUUCAUGGAAACGUCAUUGUUUUCACCCCGACGCAAACCAUAUCUCUUUGGUCCACCAACACUACCAUCCGAUCGAACGACGACGUGUCGAUUCAGCUUUCCAAUACAGGAAAUCUCGCCCUGAUUCAACCACAAACCCAGAAGGUUAUAUGGCAGAGCUUUGAUUAUCCAUCUAAUGUCUUUCUUCCCUACAUGAAACUAGGAGUGAACCGUCGGACCGGGUUGAGCUGGUUUCUAACUUCAUGGAAGGCGCUCGAUGAUCCAGGAACCGGGAGCUUUACUAGCCGGAUUGACCCCACUGGGUACCCCCAGCUGAUUUUAUACGAGGGGAAGGUUCCACGGUGGCGAGCAGGGCCAUGGACAGGAAGAAGAUGGUCCGGAGUACCUGAAAUGACAAGGUCGUUUAUAAUCAACACAUCCUAUGUCGACAACAGUGAAGAAGUUUCCCUAACAAACGGUGUAACAGUGGACACAGUUUUAAUGAGAAUGACUCUAGACGAAUCCGGUUUGGUUCAUCGGUCCACAUGGAACCAACAUGAGAAAAAGUGGAACGAAUUUUGGUCAGCUCCAAUUGAAUGGUGUGAUACCUACAACCGGUGCGGUUUGAACAGUAAUUGCGACCCAUACGACGCGGAGCAGUUCCAGUGCAAGUGCCUACCUGGAUUCAAACCACGAUCGGAAGAGAAUUGGUUCUAUAGAGAUGCGUCUGGUGGGUGCAUCAGGAAGAGGUCGAACGCAACGUGUCGAGCUGGAGAAGGUUUUGUGAAGGUGGCACGUGUGAAGGUUCCAGAUACAUCGAUAGCACAUGUGGAUAAGAAUAUGAGCUUAGAAGCGUGCGAACAGGCGUGUUUAAAUAAUUGUAACUGUACCGCUUACACGAGUGCAAAUGAGAUGACGGGGACAGGGUGCAUGAUGUGGCUUGGUGAUUUGAUCGACACGCGGACCUAUGCCAGCGCCGGUCAAGAUCUAUAUGUAAGAGUUGAUGCUAUUGAAUUAGCUCAGUAUGCACAAAAAUCAAAAACCCAUCCAACAAAAAAGGUAAUAGCCAUUGUUGUGGUGUCUUUUGUUGCAUUGGUGGUACUCGUGACCUCGCUAUUUUAUUUAUGGGACGUGGUUAGAAAAAACAAGGAGAGAUCGAGGACUUUAUCUUUUAACUUUAUUGGAGAACUUCCAAAUUCAAAGGAAUUUGAUGAAAGUAGAACAAGUUCAGAUUUGCCUGUAUUUGACUUGUUGACCAUAGCAAAGGCAACUGACCAUUUUUCAUUUACUAACAAGCUUGGCGAAGGUGGCUUUGGUGCAGUUUAUAAGGGAAAGCUUACAAAUGGAGAGGAAAUAGCAGUUAAGAGGUUGGCUAAGAAUUCAGGGCAAGGAGUUGGAGAGUUCAAGAAUGAAGUUAAUUUAAUUGCAAAGCUUCAACAUAGAAACCUUGUCAAAAUCUUAGGUUACUGCGUUAAGAAUGAAGAGAAAAUGAUUGUGUACGAAUACUUGCCAAACAAGAGCUUGGACACUUACAUCUUUGAUGAAACCAAGAGUGGUUUUCUUGAUUGGAAAAAACGUUUUGAAAUUAUAUGCGGCAUCGCACGAGGGAUCUUAUAUCUUCAUGAAGAUUCGAGAUUGAAAAUUAUUCAUCGAGAUUUGAAGGCAAGUAAUAUACUACUGGAUGCUAAUUUGAAUCCCAAAAUAGCAGAUUUCGGUAUGGCAAGAAUAUUUGGCCAAGAUCAAAUUCAAGCAAACACAAAUCGUAUUGUUGGAACGUAUGGAUAUAUGUCACCGGAAUAUGCAAUGGAAGGCCUAUUUUCAGUGAAAUCAGAUGUGUAUAGCUUUGGAGUUUUGGUACUAGAGAUGAUUACGGGCAAAAAGAAUACCAACUACGAUUCCUCCCACUUAAACUUGGUUGGACAUGUUUGGGAGCUCUGGAAACUGGACAGUGUAAUGGAACUAGUGGACUCCAGUUUGGAAGAAUCAAGCUGUGGAUACAAAAUCAUAAUAAGAUGCCUCCAAAUUGGAUUAUUAUGUGUUCAAGAGGAUCCGACAGAUCGUCCAACCAUGUCAACUGUCAUCUUCAUGUUGGGGAGUGAAGUGAGUCUUCCUUCUCCAAAGAAACCUGCUUUUAUCUUAAAGAGAAAAUACAACAGUGGAGAUCCAUCUACCAGUACAGAAGGAGCCAACUCUGUAAAUGAUCUAACAAUUUCUAUAAUCCAUGCUCGUUGAUAAAUUAGUAAAAUUUUAUAUAUAUGUCAAAUUGAUGAGAUUUAAUGAGAAAAAUGAAACAAGUUUACACAUCA